GGCUGAUUUUGAGUUGGACGUCACACAGUCUUCAGACAGAGUUGGAUUCGGAUCACCAUCGUCCUGGUCGUCGUCGUCGGUUCCAUAGACAACCUGCCGCCGGUCUCGUGGUCAAACUCUGUCUGGAUGUUGUCGUCCCACAUACUGAGUUCUUAAUUGGUUUAUCCAAAGUUUUAAGUUUUUCACUUUAGUUUAAUUUCUAUUUUUGCGGGCGAGUGUUGCUCAGAAAAUCGUAUCGCGUAGUGAAUAAUCAAGCUAUAUAAUCUGUUAUCUGUGUACCUUAUUUGUGAUAUCCUAACCAACAACAACAAAGUAAAUUAAACGAUUUUCGUUGCCUACUAAAACAUAAUUUAAGCCAAGUUAAUCACCAAAAAUAUCUGUGCGUAAGUUACGACUAGAGGCCGAUUAUAUAAUCUUGCACCAACUACGAAAUGGAUUACGUAACUCUGGUGUGGCAUGCACUGUAAAUGAAAAUGCACAAACUCCACGAGAAUCGAAAUCAUAUGGCGACCAAGUGAAAAUCCCCCGCUGAGAGAACGAGCCAACCCGAAAAUAGAGUCAUCAAAUUUGUGCUGGCUUCACGGAAAUUAACCGCCGCCGAUUCGCUACGCUUAUAUACACGGCAAUCCGCCGUGAAGUAGGCAACAAAAUAUAUUUAUGCGCCCAAGUGAUAACGGCGCAAAGGCAACGAAGCACGACAGACGCUGACUUGGGCGAAAGGACAGCAGCAGGAGCAGGACUCGGAGAUCCGGAGGCAGGGGCGGAGUGAGGACAGGCGUCUGGGAAAAUCAGGACUACUAGCAAAGCAGCAAGAUGAAGGGUCUCACGGCGUUUAAGGAGAAGGCGACGGGCGUGUUUGGCGGCCUGAAGCCCAAUAUGGAGAAGUUCGAGAUAUCGCAGAGCUAUCAUGGCGGCCACGGAGGCUACGAGGAGAUGGAGGGGGGCGACCGGGAGGGCCGCGGACCGGGCGGCGGCCAUGCCUACGACGACGACGACGACCGGCCCGACUCGCCCGCCUCCUUCGAGGAGAUCGAGCGCCCGCCGCUCCGCAAGAUCGACAAGUACUGCAAGGCGGAGUGUCCUUGCAUGCCGGCCCGCUACACCAUCGCCACCAUGGCCUGCGUGGGGUUCAUGAUCGCCUUCGGCAUGAGGUGCAAUAUGUCGGCGGCCAAGCUCAAAGGGGAGCACAAUGGGACUGUGUUCAUGAACUGGACGGUCGCCGUGGAGAGCCAUGUGGACUCGUCCUUCUUCUGGGGCUAUCUGGUGACGCAGAUUCCCGGCGGCUUCAUCGCCUCCAAGUUCCCGGCCAACAAGAUAUUCGGCCUGUCCAUCGUGAGCUCCGCCACGCUGCAUCUCUUCGUGCCAUUCGCCAUGACCCUGAUGCACGGUCAUGUGGUGAUUUGCGUGAGGGUCCUGCAAGGACUCUUCGAGGGCGUUACCUAUCCAGCUUGCCAUGGUAUCUGGCGUUUCUGGGCGCCGCCCAUGGAGCGUUCCCGACUGGCGACGCUGGCCUUUUCCGGUUCCUACGCGGGCGUGGUGGUGGGACUUCCGCUCUCCGGACUUCUGGCCGAUGCAGUGGGCUACCAGGCGCCGUUCUACGCCUACGGGGUGUUCGGAAUCAUAUGGUACAUGUUCUGGAUAUGGUUGUGCUUCGAGAACCCGCGCAAACAUCCGGCCAUCAGUAUACCCGAGCUGAAGUACAUCGAAAAGUCGCUCGGGGAGUCGGCUCAUCCGACGAUGCCAUCCCUGAAGACGACUCCGUGGCGGGAGAUGAUGCGCUCGAUGCCGGUCUAUGCCAUCAUUGUGGCCAACUUCUGCCGCUCCUGGAACUUCUACCUUCUGGUGCUGUUCCAGUCCUCGUUCCUCAAGCACAAGUUCGGUUUUAAGGUGGAGGAGGCGGGCUUCGUGGGCUCGCUGCCCCACUUGAUCAUGACCACGAUAGUUCCAUUUGGCGGCAUGUUGGCGGAUCACCUGCGAAAGAAUGGUAUCCUGUCCACCACCAAUGUGCGCAAGCUCUUCAAUUGCGGCGGCUUCGGCAUGGAGGGCCUGUUUUUCCUAUUCGUGGCACAUUCCUCAACGGCGACGGGUGCCAUGUUUGCCUUGACCUGCGGCGUGGCCUUCAGUGGCUUUGCCAUAUCCGGUUAUAAUGUCAAUCACCUGGAUAUUGCUCCUCGUUAUGCCAGUAUAUUGAUGGGUCUUUCGAAUGGAAUUGGUACUCUGGCCGGCAUCAUCGUGCCCUAUGCCCUUGAUGGCCUCAUCCAAGCUAAUCCUACCGGCUGUUGGACUACAGUCUUCACCCUGGCCGCCUGUGUUCAUUUGGUUGGCUGCACUUUCUAUGGCAUUUUCGCAUCCGGAGAGCUGCAGCCGUGGGCGGAACCUCCGGCCGAGGAGCAAAAGGUGUGGGCUCCACCACCAGGUGCCAUUACCAACACGGAUCCUAGCCAGGCGGGCAUGUUGGGCGACUAUAUGAAGGAAACCUCUUUCGGUGCCCCGGAGUACACUGAGCAGAGCCAAAUGCAGCAGUCGAAUGCUAUUAGCUACGGUGCCACAGGUCACGUGGCCAACAACCCCUUCGCCGUGGCCAGUGGUGCUCCGCCCAUUGCGGAGGAGGAUGCCCCACCGACCUACGGGGAUGUUACCAAUCCUGGGCAGUAUGGCUACACGCAAGGACAAAUGCCGUCCUACGAUCCGCAGGGAUACCAGCAGCAGUAAUGGGUUCGCCAUAGGUCACUGAUAUAUAUCAUAGCUUUUAGUUGUAGUCGGAAAUCGUUUGACGUUUAUUGUUUGUUCUCGGUGUGCCGUUAAAGUUUUCCCCCAUUCUCUCUCUAUUUGUUGAGUUCCAGCGAUGGAGGGAUCCCAGGACUUUCCAGAAGCAUAUAAAUAUAUAACUAAAGAGUAACGAAUUUGUCAGCGAAUAAGGGGAUUCCACAUGCCACACUAACACAAUGAAACUAUGUACCUAACAGAGAAACUACAUAUGCAUACACAGCAAUACCGAUAACCACUACCAAUACCAUUAGCCCACAUAGACCCAAACUGGCCUAAUCGAUCUAUAAAGCAUACAUAGUAUAUACUAUUAGGGUCUCGCUUACGCGAAUUUCUAUUUACAAGCUCCGAAAUCGAAACUGCAACACAAGAUAGGGAAAGAACUGGAAAUAUAUACUCAACACUUGUGUAUAUCAUAAAUCACAUAAUCCACACAAAGCCUAUGAUAAUUAUAUUUAUAUCGGUAUAAUCGUAUAUACAUAUAUAGCCAAAGAUUGUUGUUGAACUGCGAACUGCAAGUUUUAUUACCGUUGAUGAUAUUAUCUUCUGUGUAAAGAGAACAUUUUAAUCAAACCCAAGCAAUUGUUGAUGUUCGGCACGAAUGAUAACCAUAAAAGAACUAGCUAAUCAAAAGUCAUAAGAAUACUCUGUUAACUAAUUACUGUUUAUGUUUGUUGAUAUUAUUUAAUUCAUUGAUAUUAAUGCACCGUAUGCUUUUGUGUUUAACUAACAUGAGCAAGGCAUGAUGUAGGUACUAAAAAUAAUACUUAAGUAGAUAGCCGUAGGCGCAUAUAACCUCAGACUUGGUCUUCAUAUGCUCACUACAUUUAAAUAAUAUUAAGCUAAAGGAAUACUUAAAAUAAAUGUUUUCAGAGGGUUAGGUUACUUCUAAAUACUAUUCUACAAAUUAAUUUAUACUAACGACGCAAUCAGUUCAUUUUGAAGCAAUCUGCUUACUUCGAUUUUUAUUUACUUCUUCUUAUAAACAUUCAUAAUUUUGUAAGCCUAAGUACAAGUAAAAUGAUUACUGUAUAAGAAGUAUUAAAUCUCUCUAAAGUAAUAAAUUUAACCAAUUUCGAAAUAUCUAGUAGAGUGUAAAUAAAUUAUUUAACGUAACUUAAACUUUUUCGUUAACGUUAUUAUGCACAACUUUGAUUUCAAAGCACCAAUUUAACUUACAAAAUGCACUGUUAAUUAUUUCGUUGUUCAUUAGUUCAAAGCACCACUUGUUAAUUUAAAGUUGUUACAUUUUAAUUAGUGUUUAGUUGGGUUUUCAAUUACUGCCGCAAAUACAUAUUUAGACGCACUUACUUUCGCACUGUACCAUUGAAUAUGCAAAUUUACACAAAUUAUUUCUAGUCGUCUGUAUAUUACCCGAUCGUAUUAAGCUAGCCACCAAUAUUAUAAAUAGCUAUAUAAAGGUAAUUUAAAUUAUUCACAUUUAAAUCACUAUGUAUUAAAAACGUGAACAUUUUCUAACUAAAAGAGUCAAUUCUAAUACCGUAAUUUGUACAGCGCAGCGAAUAAAUAAUCACACAGAUACUCGUAUAGCCUCUUACAAAUAGCUAUUAUAUAUUACAAUUUUAAAUGUUCUUGGAUCACAGUUCCAAUUGAAGACAACAAUACUGCUUGUGUAAGCGACAAUACCUAGUGAAGUAAGCCUAGUUAAUAGUUAAAACAUUUCCAUUGACCUAUCAUUUUUAUUUACUUACCAUUAUGAUUCGAUUUUAGGCUCAAAUUUUUAAACGAAUGCUCGCGCAGGCAAUUAAAAAUGUUGGCCACCUGGGCGUAUGUGUAAUAUUAGGUUAGUGUAACAUCCAUUCUGUAUAUAAAACCGAUUCUUCAAUUGAGUAUGGCUCUUUUAAUCUGGAGGCCAUAACAAUAGAGAUUUCGAUUUGAUUUCCCUUUUUUAGUUGAUGAGAGAUACUCAAGCUCUCGGGGCUGUGUGGACAAUAAUAACAUAAAUAUGUUAACCAGAAAGCCACGGUUAAACUUUUGCUUGCUAAGAUACAAAAAAAAAAGUAAUGAAAAUCACUUGACAUAACAGUUUGUAAAUAAAGCGUAUCUCGUAGUUGAAUGCCAUCAUUAAAUGCUUUUGUGAGUAAUUUAAGUGUACAUAAAGCCAAGUCGAACCGAAGCAUAACUAAAACCUAAACGAGCGCAACUUUAAUAGUGUUAAACCAUCAGUUUUGGCUAUAAUCAGUCACAGAAGAACAGGUCGCAUCUAGGGUAUUUUAACUACUAGCCAAACAUAUAUGUUGUGCAUGGAGAUGAAUUGAAGGCGUGAAGGAUAUGCAUUAACUUUCAUACAGAAAUAUAGGCGCACAAUACCAGAUAUAUGCUAUUAAAAUAAAUCAUAACUAUCUUCUAAUCAUUAAUCAAAUGACAAAGGGGCUGCGGAAUCGCCUCCACAGAAUCUUCUGAAUAUUUAAAAGAUGUAGAAUGAUAUUACCGCUAUACUUAAACCGUGUAUAUAAUUAGUAACAAAAUAUUUUUUGUGUUCACUGAGAGUUCUGUAUACACGAUAUAAAAUAUUGAAUCAAAAUUAUGAAUAUUAAACGCAAUCGGAGAUCCCUUUUCUGGCAACACCCGCCCUUGUUGUAUAAUUUGUAUGGUAGUUAAACCAAAUUUAAAUAAAACUUAUAUAUUUCAGUGUAUGCUCAUUAAAGAAACCAAAACGAAUAUUAAAAAAAACAUAACCGAAUAAAGGAGAGUUAAACCCCUAAUAAUUUAAAAACAGAAUAAAUCUGCCAGUCUUCACCAAUAACACUUGAAUUUCGUUACCAGAAGUUAUGAUAUAAAGUCCUUGCAUGAGAUUACCAUAUGAAUACCAUAAUGAAGGUCAUUAAACCACAACAAAAUUAAGCCUAAUGAAAUGUAUUUGGAAUUCAAUAAAACGAACAUGUUAAAAUUA